AUGGCCGACGACAAAAAUUCCGGUCUCGAGGUCUUCGAGAAAAGCAACAUCAACCAGUUGAGCGAUGUUGAAAGCUCCCGAGGGGUCAGUACGCCGAAAGACUAUGAUGACCUUCCUGAUCCGGACGCGGGUAUGUCAGACGAGGAGAGGGCAAAGUUGGACAAAGCCCUUGUCUGGAAAAUUGAUAUGUGGUUGAUCCCGUGGCUAUCUCUUUUGUAUCUUCUGUCCUUCUUGGACCGAACGAAUAUUGGCAAUGCACGGGUUGCCCACAUGGAGAAAAAUAUCGGCAUGGUUGGUCGCGAUUAUAAUAAUGCGUUGACUAUCUUCUUCAUCUCAUACGCGGGAGCCGAGCCGAUCACCAACCUUCUCCUAAAGCGAUACACCCCUCGAGUCUUCUUCACAACCAUCAUUUUCGCUUGGGGCGCCAUCAUGACCGUCAUGGGUUGCAUCAACAAUCAAGCUGGCCUCUUGGCUUGCCGUUGGUUCCUUGGUCUGGCUGAAGCUGGUCUCUUCCCAGGCGUCAAUUACUACCUUUCUUGCUGGUAUAAACGUUCUGAGCUUGGUUUCCGUGCUGCGCUUUUCUUCUCCGCCGCAGCUCUGGCUGGUUCUUUCGGCGGUCUUUUGGCUGCAGCCAUUACCCAGAUGGACGGCGUUGGCGGAUAUGAGGGCUGGCGAUGGAUCUUCAUCCUCGAAGGUCUCAUCACCGUCUUUGUCGGUAUCUUCUGCUGGUGGAUGGUUAACGACUUCCCCGAUACUGCUCGCUUCCUUACUCCAGAGGAAAAACUUCGCACGCUUCGCCGAUUACAAGCCGACAACCAGGCUCGUGCCGAAACCGAGAAGUUCAGCCGUAAAUACGUUUGGGCCGCUUGUCGGGACUGGAAGACGUGGGGAUACGCCGUGUGCUACAUGGGAUGUCUCUGCCCAUUGUACUCUUUCUCACUCUUCCUUCCAACCAUCCUGCUCGGUAUGGGCUAUCAAGGUACAAAAGCCCAGCUCAUGUCGGUCCCACCUUAUGCGGUUGCUGCCGUAAUGACCGUGUUCAUUGGCUGGCUCGCCGACCGCACCAGGUGGCGGGGAUACUGCAAUAUGGCCGUCUCUUUUACUGGCUGUGUUGGCUUUGCCAUGUUGCUCGGUACUACCAAUGUCCAUGUCCAAUAUGCCGGCACAUUCCUCGGGGCGAUGGGGAUCUAUCCAACCGUGUCUAACACACUGACCUGGGCAUCCAACAACGUCGAGGGUGUGUACAAACGUGGCGUCGUGGUCGGCAUCAUAGUGGGCUGGGGCAACAUGAACGGUGUCGUUUCCUCGAACAUUUACAUGCCCAAGGAAAAGCCCAAGUACACAACCGGUCAUGCGACAGUUCUUGCAUAUAUGAUCGCAUGUCUGCUUGGGGGGUCCAUCUUCAUGCACCUCAUGUUGCGACGCGAGAAUAAGCUAAGGAAGAGUGGAAAGAGGGACCACUGGCUUGAGGGCAAGACAGAGGAAGAGAUACGCAUGAUGGGCGACGUUCGGCCCGACUUUAUAUACACAUUGUAG